AUGGCAGCGGCCCGGGCCGUACUAGACAAUAUUCACGAAUCUCUACCUGCCCUUACAGACGACAGCAACACAUACGUUUUAGGGGACAUCCAGAGACAUAAUGUUGUCAUUGCGUGCCUACCAACAGACCAGUAUGGAAUUGUCAACGCAGCGAACGUGGCGACGAACAUAAAGCGGACAUUUCCCGCAAUCCGGGUUGGUUUGAUGGUUGGUAUUGGCGGUGGUGUGCCGAGUAAGGUUGAUGUACGACUCGGCGAUAUUGUGGUUGGGACCAGGGUGAUGCAGGUCGAUUUAGGAAAAAUAAUUCAUGGAGACCAAGAGUUGGAACGAACAGCGAUCCCCAGAAUUCCCCAUCAAUUGCUUGGGACAGCCGUCACGACUCUCCGCGCUAAACACGAGCUCGAACCGAGUCGAAUUCCCUCUAUUCUCCAGCAGAAGCUUGAAGAAUAUGGGUAUGGUUGCCCAAGCUCGCCAGAUCGUCUCUUCCAGGCAAAUUAUCAUCAUAAAGUUCCGGAGGCCAACUGUGAUAAAUGCGACGACUCAAAGCUGGUGCUGCGAAGUGCGCGGGUGUCGACAGAUCCAUUUAUUCAUUAUGGUGCCAUCGCUUCAGGGAGCCAGGUCAUUAAGAAUAGUGUCUUUCGAGACGAAGCUGCUCGGCAGUUUAAUGUUAUAUGCUUCGAAAUGGAGGCUGCUGGUUUGAUGGAUAUCAUCCCCUGUCUCCCAAUUCGGGGUAUUUGCGACUAUUCUGAUUCACACAAGAGCAAAGAAUGGCAGAGAUAUGCUGCAGCCACUGCAGCCGCAUACGCAAGGGAAUUGCUUGAGGGUCUUCCGGUCACCGAGACAUAUAAAGAGGAUGCAUCCAUACCUACCCCAAACCCGACCCCAUCACAGAAAAACCGGAAGCUUUUACUGGAUUCUUUCAGGUUUGAGCAAAUCAAUGCUCGAAAAUCAACUGUUGAAGAUGCCCACGCCAAAACAUGUCAAUGGUUUCUCAAUCAUCCUGACUAUAAGGCAUGGCUAGACCCAGAAAAUCUGACCCAUCGUGGCUUUUUAUGGAUUAGCGGCAAGCCUGGGGCUGGCAAGUCGACGAUCAUGAAAUUUGUCUACUCGAAAAUGAAGAAACAGGCUCGCUCCAAAACUGCCCUACUUGAAGGAUUUCCCGACCUACAGACACUGCUAGAUGAUCCUGAGCUCAUUCCCGCCCAGGACCAAAAUGCUUGCCCUUCUUUGAAUAUCCUCAAAGGCCUCCUUCAUAAAGCAGUUUCCCUCCUGGGUCAACGGUCAUUUACAUGCUUUAUUGAUGCACUUGAUGAAUGUGACGAGCAACAACUUCUGGAUAUGAUCCAAUAUUUUGAAUAUCUGUCAGAACAGUCCACGGCCAAACGUCUCCGGAUCUGCUUUUCCAGUCGGCAUUAUCCCUAUAUUAUGAUACGGCAUGGUGCCCGACUUACACUAGAGCAUCAACCAGGCCACACAGAAGACUUGCAAGCUUACGUUGGGGAUAAUCUUCGAACUGAAGACUCCGAUAUUGUCCAAAAGCUUCUCCAAAAAUCUGCUGGUGUUUUUAUGUGGGUGGUUUUGGUCGUCGAAAUUCUCAAUAGGGAGCUUGCAAGAGGUGCAAUGUCCCUCGACCGGAAGCUUGAAGACCUACCAAGUGGGCUAAGCAAUCUAUUCAAGGAAAUACUGAAACGUGAUGAUGAGAAUAUGGAGGGACUCUUGCUCUGUUUUUUCUGGAUUCUUUGCGCAAAGCGACCUUUACGGCCAGAGGAAUUCUAUCAUGCUCUUUGGUCUGGCUUAUCAUUGAAGAGUCCGAGUCUGGUUGAUACCAAGAUACCAGAUGCCUUAGUCCAAGAUACUAGCAAUGGUCUUCCCAGGUCUCACAGAUAUGUUAUCAGUUGCUCUAAGGGGUUAGCUGAGGUUACAAUAUCCGGCAAACCAUCAGUCCAAUUCAUCCAUGAGUCUGUUCGAGACUUCCUUAUUAAAGACAGAGGUCUUUAUGAAUUGUGGCCCCAACUUGGGCUUGACUGGGAGAGUCCAAGCCAUGAUAGGCUCAAGGAUUGCUGCAAUUUCUACAUAAACCACAAGGAUGUGUGCGAGCUUGCUGGUAAACGACCGGCUUAUCCUGAGCCAUAUAGGACAAAAGAUGUCACGGAAGCCUCAAACCACUACCCAUUUCUAGGGUACUCUAGUCGGAAUACCCUCUACCAUGCCAACGCUGCAGCAAAAGUGGUUUCUCAAGACGAUUUUCUUUCCUCGUUCCAUGUAAUCAACUGGGUCGGGAUCAACAACCUUUUUGAAAAGUCACAGAUUCGGUUAUAUACUCCACAUGCAAGUCUCCUAUAUAUUCUCGCAGACAAAGGAUAUCCUGACCUUAUCCGCACAAGACUUCAAAAAUUUCCAGAAAUCCAUAUUUUUGGCGAAAGAUACGAGUACCCGCUAUUUUCUGCUUUGGCAUGUAGUGACAAAGCGAGUGUUGCAGCUCUUUUGAACUUGCCUUCAACCAUUUAUGACGGAAUCGACAUCACAGAGGGCCUGAACCACAGAAAAGACUUGAAGCGGUACGAAAAGCGAACACCUCUUUCUUGGGCUGCAGAGAAUGGGCGAGCAGUCCUUCUUAAGCUUUUGAUCGAGCGAGGAGCAGACGUCAACACUGUCGAUAGAACUGGAUGGACACCACUUUUAUACGCUUCGAGGGAGGGUAACGAGGCUAUCGCUAAGCUUCUUGUCGAACAAGGAGCAGAUGUUAACACUGUCAGUAGUAAUGGAUGGACACCACUUCUACUCACUUCAAUCUUUGGCUAUGUGGCUAUCGCUAGGAUUCUCAUCGAACAAGGAGCAACUUUAAAUGCCAUUAGUCUGAGAGGUGAGACAUCACUUUCAUUCGCUUCGAGGGAGGGCUAUGAGGCUUUUUCUAGGCUUCUUAUCGAACAUGGAGCAGAUAUUAAUGGCAUUGAUGGUUCGAGACCACUUUUUCUCGCAUUGGAGAAUCGUCGCGAGGCUAUCGCUAGGCUUCUUAUCGAACAAGGAGCAGAUAUCCAUGCUACUGAUAGACAUCGACAUACGCCACUCUCACUCGCUUCGAGGGAGGGUAACGAGGCUAUCGCUAAGCUUCUCAUCGAACAAGGAGCAACUAUAAAUGCCACUACUUUGAGUGGUGAGACAUCACUUUCAUUCGCUUCGAGGAAGGGCCAUGAGGCUAUUGCUAGGCUUCUUAUCCAAGAAGGAGCAGAUGUCAAUGCCGCUGAUCUAAAUGGCGGGACACCACUUUUUUUGACAUUGAAGAAUGGUCACGAGGCUAUCGCUCGGCUUCUUAUUGAAGGAGGAGCUGAUGUCAACGCUACUGAUUCAAACGGCCGGACACCGCUUUCAGAGGCCUUCGCGGGUAGCUAUGAGGCUCUUGCGAAGUUUCUUAUCGAAUGGGGGGGCAUAUGUCAAUGCAAGCGAUGA